UUGCCUUAACUGUCACAUUCUUUAAUUUAAGUACUAUGAUUCUGGCCAAAAAAUGUUGUUUCAUUGUAUCAUUGCAAAUUGGAUGUAUUAUAAUUGCGUUUGUUGGACUAUUUUUGUCUAACAUGAACAUUGACACCAUUAUGCACAUUCUUAAUAGGACUUACGAUAGUGAAACCAAAUCUAGAUUUCCAGCUCAUGUUUUCCACGCAUGUUUACAAAUUUUCGCUGACUUAUUGUUUAUCUGCGCUUCCUGUCUGCUCUUCUAUGCAGUUCUGUCGCAAUGUUUCUGUCUUUUUUGGGUAACACUGGUCUUUCAAGUCAUUCAGCCUGUGUACCUAAUUUUAUACAGUAUUAUUUCAUCUGCAAUGGGCAAAAAUGUUAUAAUAAAUAUAAGCAUUUGGCAUAAUAUUAUAUAUUGGGUUUACGUAGUUGUUUGGCUGGAUAUGACUUUGUAUUUUAUAUACAUAACAUUUUCCUAUUAUCGCUAUUUGAAGGAGAAAGAAACUGAGAAUGUUGAUUAAUUAUUUGGUUUGUUUUUUUUUUUUAUAAAUUUUGAA